GCCCCCGUCGCAAUGCCGGGCCUCGCCGCCGCCGAGCUGGACGCCGUCUCGCUGGUGCGCCGCGUCGCGCGCGCCCUCAACCGCCGGAUCUCCGACCUCGUCGCCCUGCUCUUCCGCCACAAGAGCGCGGGGUCCUUCGGCGCCGUCGCGGGCUUCGCCAUCGCCGUCGUGUUCGCGUGGAAGUUCCUGCGCUCCUCCUCGCCCGCGCGGCCCCGCCGGCCCGCCGCCCCCAAGCGGCCCCUGGCCGGUUCCGCCGCGCCCGCCACCGAGCCCGUCGGCGACUCUGGGAAGCUCACGAUGCGGCAAAUCGUGGCGAGGCGGCUUAGCGGGUGCAGAAGGGUCACUUGCCAACUAAUUGGUGUUGUUUUUGAGGAGAAAUCUCCUGAGGAGCUUCAGAAACAUGCCACUGUUAGGCCCUCAGUGGUGGAACUGCUACUGGAGAUAUCCAAAUACUGUGAUUUUUAUUUGAUGGAAACUGUACUUGAUGACAAGAGUGAGGAGAAUGCUCUUACGGCCCUGGAGAGUGCUGGACUGUUCAAGACUGGUGGUUUGAACAAAGAAAAGGUACUCUUUUGCAGCAGCGAAGUUGGACGAACUUCAUUUGUUCGACAGUUGGAGUCAGAUUUCCACAUCGACACAAGCCUCGAGAUAAUCUCCCAACUAUCUCGGUUCAUUCGAUGCCAGCUAUUCGUAUCCUCGGUGGAAGGAGGGCAGCUCUCUGCCAAUGUAUUUAAUUCUCUGAGCCUUGAGCAGUUCUUCUCAUGAAAACGGCAGCACAACUUAAAGGGGUUACGCUCGCGCUAAAUGUGUGUAUGCUGAUAGCGCAUCCUUUGAA